GCCGGAAGUUGUUCUCACAGAACCCGUGUGUCCGCCGGGGUUCCAGAGCCGAGGCGGCGUGAAGAGGUCUGCAGGAGGAAGGGUAUCUGCGUGAACGACGCCGGGGGUCAGGGCAGGGCCGGGCCAAUGGCGUCUCGGGCAGGUCCGCGAGCUGCCGGCACUGAUGGCAGCGACUUUCAGCACCGGGAGCGCGUCGCCAUGCACUACCAGAUGAGUGUGACCCUCAAGUAUGAAAUCAAGAAGCUGAUCUACGUGCAUCUGGUCUUAUGGCUGCUGCUGGUUGCCAAGAUGAGCGUGGGACACCUGAGGCUCUUGUCACAUGACCAGGUGGCCAUGCCCUAUCAGUGGGAGUACCCAUAUUUGCUGAGCAUUGUGCCCUCUAUCUUGGGUCUCCUCUCCUUCCCCCGCAACAACAUUAGCUACCUGGUGCUCUCCAUGAUCAGCAUGGGGCUCUUUUCCAUCGCUCCCCUCAUUUACGGCAGCAUGGAGAUGUUUCCAGCUGCCCAGCAGCUCUAUCGCCAUGGCAAGGCCUACCGCUUCCUCUUUGGUUUUUCUGCCGUCUCCGUGAUGUACCUGGUGUUGGUGCUGGCAGUUCAAGUGCAUGCCUGGCAGUUACACUACAGCAAGAAGCUCCUAGACUCUUGGUUCACCAGCACACAGGAGAAGAAGCGUAAAUGAAGCCUGCCGGAUGGACUGGUCUCUGGGCUGAAGCCUAGCCCCCCGCCUCCCAUUGAGAAGAGUGAGAGGGUAGAGGAGCUGUUCUGAAAUCUCUGUGGACAAUUUUGGCAGCUGUGAUGUUGGCCACUGGUGCAAACUAGGCCCACAUUCUGGAAAGCUGCUACUAUUGUCAUUAGCUCAGGUGGCAAAAUGAUAUUUAACUUAUUCCUGGUUGGCUGGAACUGAGCGAAGAACAGCUGUAAAACGGACUUCAGCUAGCUGAAGUUGAAGCCCUUCAGGAUUUUUCUGUUUUAAGAUUGAGCCUCAUCCUUGCCUCUUAGUCAUUCUCUCCAUUUCCAUCCAUUACCCCUUAGCCACUGAAACUGGAGAUGAGGGUCAGCCAAAUUCUACUUCCAUUGAUGGGUGGUUGGGAAGAAACAUUAGGAGGCUGCUUUCCCGCAGGCUGUGGUCUCUACUCUGAAGCGUUUUCAUUACAAAGAACCUCAAUAAAGUUAUAACUGCCCUGUC